AUGAAGCCGCACAGCAUCGCCGCUUUCACCUUCUCCCUCGCCGCCUCGUCGGCCUGGGCCGCACCUUACACCGAGGCGCUCAUCGCCCUGCACAAGUCCCUGGUCGAAGUCGACUCAACCUCCAAAGCCGAAGCCCCCGGAACCGAGGUCCUAAAGAACUACCUGGAGACGAACUUCACCGUCGAGCUUCAGACCGUCGAAGGCGACAGGCAAAACGUCUUCGCGUACCCCGGAACCUCGCGUGAGACUCGCGUCUUGCUUACGUCUCAUUACGAUACCGUGCCGCCGUUCAUCCCCUACUCCCGCGACGGCGAUGAGAUCCGUGGGCGAGGCACGGCCGACGCGAAGGGCAGUAUCGCGGCGCAAAUCACUGCCGUGGAGGCUCUUCUGGAGAGUGGCGAGAUCAGCGACGGGGAUGUCUCGUUAUUGUUUGUGGUGGGCGAGGAGACUGGUGGUGAUGGGAUGCAGACCGCCAAUAAUCUCAAUCUCACAUGGGAAGCUGUCAUCUUUGGCGAGCCGACGGAGAACCAGCUGGUUCGCGCCCACAAGGGCGUCUUGGGGUUGAAUGUCACAGCGGAUGGCAUCGCUGGGCAUUCCGGAUAUCCCGAGCAAGGACGCAACGCGAUUGAUCUCCUCGUCCGCUCGCUGGGAGCCAUCAUCGACGCUGAGUUGCCUUCGACGGAGGAGUUUGGGGAUACGACGUUGAACGUGGGCGUUAUUGAGGGUGGCAUUGCCAGUAAUGUCAUUCCGGAGAAUGCCACGGCGAGGACUUCGAUCCGACUCGCCACUGAUGAUAUCGAUUUGGUGAAGGAGGUACUGAGCCAGGCUGCGUACAAUGCUACCCCGGAGCAUGUUAGUCUUUCGUUCAAUGCUGGUGGCAAGCCUGUCAGUCUGGACUAUGAUGUUGAUGGAUUCAAUACGACCGUCGCCAACUACUACACCGACGUGCCAUAUCUCCAAGGCGACCACAAGAGGUACUUGUAUGGCCCUGGUACUAUUCUUGUUGCACAUUCAAAUGAUGAGCGAAUUCUUGUUUCCGAUCUCGAGGGGGCUGUUGAGGGGUACAAAACCCUUAUCCUGGAGUCGUUGAAGCAGUAG